CAUGGCACUUUGUAGAUUUUUUGCCCAAGGUUAUUGUCGUUUCGGAAACAACUGCAGAUAUGAGCAUUCUAACUACGCCAGUUACUCUCAAGGCAAUAAUAGAAAUUACAGAGAUGGAGGAAAUCGUGGAGACUAUCGAAGAAAUGACAACUACCACUGGCAAAAAGGAGGUAAAGGAGGAGGUGGAGGCAAUACUGAAGUGGAUCGCAUUGCUCAAGCAAUUCGUGAAGAAGUAAUUGUAAUCGAAAAUGGAAAUAUGUGGCCAUUCACAUGCUACUCACCGCUUGCUCAGAAUGGGAAUUUCAAAGGUUGGGAGGACUAUUCACCAGAAGAAAUGCGUUAUGAGAUGUGGAAAGCAUAUCAAACCAAUACUCAAGACACUUAUGACAAAGCUAUUCGGACUUUACAUGAUUCUUUUAGAGAAAAACGGAGGAAGCUAAAAACAAUCAAUCAAGAAACGUUACUGGAAGUUAGGGAUUACCUGAACUCUUCACCUGAAUCUGGUUAUGGCAUUUUGAACAAUGCAAGUUAUAUUUUCCAAUCUUCAACUAGUGUCUUUGGAAACUCUGGCUCCAGCCAAAACUUCAGUUUUGCUUCUGCUUUUGGAAAUACUGCAUCUCAGCCUUCAACAGCAGCAAGUGAUUUUUCUUUCAGUCAAGCAUUCAGUAAUCCGACAACAGGAUCAAUAUUUGGUGGCCAAACCACUAAUACUGGCUCAAUAUUUGGUGGACAGUUGCCACAAUCUGGAGUGUUUGGUAAUAGCCAAGCCUCUCAACAAUCAUCUGUUUUUGGUCAGAGUCAACUGCAGCAACAAACAUCAAUUUUUGCUCAAAAUCCAUCACAGGCAACCAUAUUUGCACAAAACCAGCCUGCUCAAAAUCCAUCACAGACAACCGUAUUUGCACCAAACCAACCUGCUCCACAAGCAUCAGUGUUUCAAAACACAGGUAGCAUAUUUGGUGGCUCCAACACUGCUGCCCCCUCACAAAGUGUUUUUGGAAAUUCCUUUCCCAACUCUGCUCCUGCUGAAAAUGCUUUUACGCAGCCCAAUAAUUUUUCCCAAAACGGUGCUUUUCAGUCUGAAGCAACGAGAAGUGGGUUUGGUCCAGCCAAUCCUCAAAAUAAUAGCUCUUUCCCACAAGCUUUCCCCUCCAACUCUCAGCAAUCACUGUUCAGCAAUAAUGCAGCUAAUAAUAACAGUGCCUUGACCCAAGUAAGCGCAUUCCCAAGCAUCCCUUCAGUGGGUACUAAUUCAUCAACAUCUGUGUUCUCCCCAGUAGAUAGUUUAUCAGAAGACGAACUCCUAGCCUUUAAAGCGCAGACAUUUUCAUUUAAAAAAAUUCCCUUGAGUGCCCCACCUGAAAGUUUAUGCUAUUAGUACCUAAUGCUUAAUCUUUACUUCCUCCUUUGUUAUGGCUGUGACUCCUUUCAAGAUGAGAAUCUCUAUUCUCUAUCACAAUUUCGUCCAAAGUCUUUAUUUUUUCUAAUUAUUGAAUUUUGAAGGUCUACUUUCGUGUUUAAUUUUAAGUAGUCAAUUUAAGCACUAGUUUUAAUUUAGGUAAAUAAGAAUCAUAACUUGUUAUAAACUAGAUUGUUCCCUUUUGGCUUUGAUAUUAAAUAAUAAGAUUAAUUUUUAAAAUG